AUGGUUUUUUAUAAACCACUAAAUAUUCUCGUCGUCCUCGUUCUCUUAUCAUUUGCCAAGGGACUUACACUGCUAGGUGAUUGGACUCUUACAAAAUUAUCAGCAGAUACUUUACCCACUGGUAUUGCCAAUGCUCAAAAUGGCGGUAUUCCUGCUAUAAAUGCAGAUACCGCUAUUAGCAUAGACCCAAAUGUUGGCUGCAGCUCAAUAAGUCUGAACAGUGAAGUCUGGAGUUUAACAGCAGACGCAUCCAGCAGUUUAAUCACUCUUACAGAAUACGCAUUUGGAUUUUGGGUCAACUUUGAAUCAACUAUUAGCAAUAAAGUUUUUCAAUUCGGAUCUGACAGUGGCGCACACUAUAUUGUCUCAUCAACUGUAGAUGGCACCUUAAAAGUUUCCUUCUUUUCUGACGCUACAACAACUGAUUCAGCUAAUGACUUCUCCAUAACUGUCCCUUUAAGUAAUUUCUAUACAGAUAAGUGGUUCUUUAUUGUGUUUCACUUUUUCGAUAAUUCAGGCACUAUUACUUUGGAGAUUAUAUUCCCUGGCACAGCCCUAAUUUCCAAAACUUCAGGAAGCUCAGCUGUUGCUUUUGCUCUGCCUGGCGGGCUCUUUUAUUUUGGAAUGUCAAUUAAGGGAAAGUUCCAUAAGGUUGUUCUUACAAAGUCUGCUACCAUAAAUGCUUCCUUUGAUACAAUAACAUUAAAUGAUGGCUCAAGUACGGAAGCUAUAGCAGCGCCUUGUACUCCUGCUGCAGAUUGCAUUGAUAGUGUAUGCUCUCAAAGUUUCAGCAGUCUUACAGGAAGCAUAUGCUUAUCAUCAUUACAGUAUUGCACCACUUGUACAGCCAGCGGAUGCAUUACUUGUGAUCCUGAUUCAGCUAGAGAUGAAGCACAAUAUUGCCGAGCUUGCAAGGAUGAUGGCACUACUAAUGAGCUUAAAAAUUAUCACUGUAAUUUCUACUUAGGUUGCGCAAAAGCUAAUCAUUGUGCUGCAUGCUCGACAAAAAGCACUCAAUGCGAUUUAUGUCCAGCUGGAUACUUCCUUAAUGACGAUAGUGUUACUUCUUCAACAUCUUGCAUUUGUAAGAUUUUAUUUAGCUUGUACCGACUCCUGCACAAAUUGCCAGCCAGGUCCUGAUUGCUAUACUUGUGCUACAACAAUAACUCAAACAGGAACUACUUGCAGGGAAGACUCUGUUGGAUUCCAGGUCAGCGUCAAUCUUCCGAAUAUCGUGAUUGACUUUGCUCAUCCACUUUCAACUGGACUGUCGAAAAGUUCAUUUACAGCUACCUCAAACUCAGGUACAAAUAUCGCUACAAGUACAUGGACUUUUGCUGGCUGCACAGCAGGCUUGAUGCAAUGCAGCAUUGGAGCUCCUAAUCUUCAAGAAAGCGAUCUCCCAGUUACACUUGACUUCGAGUUUACUCAAGUCUAG